CCGCUCACUCGGUGCCGCUGCUUGGGGGCUGUAGUGACCGCGCCGCUCCUGCUGGGGGCUGCCCUCGCCAAGGACCUACCUCUGUCGUCUCCUCUUCCGCCGCCCAGGGAGGCUGUCUGAGCUGUACCAGCAGGGGUUCUGUCCUUUGACAUUCUUGUUUGUGAAGAUGGAAACCUUAAUAUCUCUGCAGUCAAGCUUUUACUUGAGAUAACUGAAACCUUGUGUCUUAAGUUUCCCUGCAAGAACACCCCCCGAGAUGGCAGAGGAGAACAGCAAUACCAGGGACUGCCUGUCCUCCAGCGUGCUCAGCUGGGAUCAGGUCAGCCGUCUGCAUGAGGUCCUGACCGAGGUCGUACCCAUCCACGGACGAGGCAACUUUCCGACCUUGGAGAUAACUCUGAAGGAUAUCGUCCAGACCGUGCGCAGCCGGCUGGAGGAGGCGGGCAUCAAAGUGCAGGACGUCCGGCUGAACGGCUCUGCGGCUGGCCACGUCUUGGUCAAAGACAACGGCCUGGGUUGCAAAGACCUGGACCUCAUCUUUCAUGUGGCUCUUCCCACAGAGGCGGAGUUUCAACUGGUCAGAGAUGUGGUGCUGUGCUCCCUCCUGAACUUCCUGCCGGAGGGUGUGAACAAGCUCAAGAUCAGCCCGGUCACCCUGAAGGAGGCCUACGUCCAGAAACUGGUGAAGGUCUGCACGGACACGGACCGCUGGAGCCUGAUUUCCCUCUCCAACAAGAACGGGAGGAACGUGGAGCUGAAAUUCGUCGACUCCAUCCGGCGCCAGUUCGAGUUUAGCGUGGACUCUUUUCAGAUCAUCUUGGAUUCGUUGCUCUUUUUCUACGACUGCUCCACUAGCCCCAUCUCUGAGCACCUCCACCCCACGGUGAUCGGGGAGAGCGUGUACGGGGACUUUGAGGAAGCCUUCGACCACCUGCAGAACAGACUGAUCGCCACCAAGAACCCCGAAGAGAUCCGGGGCGGGGGGCUGCUCAAGUACAGCAACCUCCUGGUGCGGGACUUCAGGCCCACGGACCAGGAGGAGAUCAAAACCCUAGAGCGUUACAUGUGCUCCAGGUUUUUCAUCGACUUCCCGGACAUCCUCGAACAGCAAAGGAAGCUGGAGACCUACCUUCAAAACCACUUUGCCGAGGAAGAGAGGAGCAAGUACGACUACCUCAUGAUCCUUCGCAGGGUGGUGAACGAGAGCACCGUGUGCCUCAUGGGGCACGAGCGGAGGCAGACCCUGAACCUCAUCUCCCUCCUGGCCUUGCGCGUGCUGGCAGAACAAAACAUCAUCCCCAACGCCACCAACGUCACCUGCUACUACCAGCCAGCUCCGUACGUCAGCGACGGCAACUUCAACAACUACUACGUUGCCCACCCCCCAGUUACCUACAGCCAGCCGUACCCUACCUGGCUACCCUGUAACUAACCCUGAGACCUGAGGGUUUCCACAGCGGGGACCCCAAUAGGGCAAGGGCUCUCAGGUAGGGGAGCCUCCUUCUAGAUGUAGGUGUUUGGCUUUUAAAGGGGAACUCAGCUCUGAUUCUGCUUAUUUUGUUCUUUGUGCACCCAUUGGAAUGGGUCUACAGUAUAUCAUGAGCCAACCCUGAAGGGACCCCAUCAUUCCAGUGCCACUUUGGAAAACGCUAUAGGAAGUAGGACCCGUCCACGUCUUUCCGAGAGAGACACUAACAUGUCACGUCCCAAACAUCCGCGCGGGGACAUUUGGAGCUCUGUGCGCUAAUGGAAUCUGGGAAAGUUCCUGGGCGGUGUUUCUCACUCGGGCCUACGGUUGGCUCUGUUGGCCCUCACUUGGGGUUCUCAGCUGUUAGGUGAAAGUUGUGGUGAUAGUCUAUUUUCUUGUACCAAUUUUAGCCAAGCAGAAAAUGGUGGACAUGAGAGUGGUCUCGUGACUGCAUUUUUCUGUUCGGGGGACUGACUUGCGUAUGUUUAUUCCCUGCUAGCAGAGCUGAGGAUUUCUUCUCAUCAAUAAACCAAAGCCGGUAGCUGGUUGAAAGUGGUUUAUGGUUUAGAUGUUGUGCUCUCACGAGGAUUUGUGAGAUAUUGCUGAGGGUGGG